ACCAGUCGAGCUCCGGCGGCGACGAUUCGCCAUCGAUCGCCGCUCGGUUGGUUUCUAGUGAACAAGCGAUCGCGGAUCGAAAAGGAGCUCGUAAAGGGAGGAAGAUUGCUCGUUGGUUCACUUCAUAUCUCAAUCCCAAGGAUUCCCAUAAAGCUUGUGAUAGAGUUCCUCCAAAUAAUGAGGUUAAGCGGAUCAGUGUCAGGAUGCUGGGUAAGAAAGAUCCUGAGAGAGUUAAACAUUCUUUGGACCAGAAUGAUCUGCUGAGACAGCAGUCACUGCCAGAAAGCAGCUUAGCUAGGAAGGCAUCAAUAACGCAAAAAAGUUAUUCACAUGAAUUGGGGCCUAUAGGCGGCAUUCGUGCUUCUAAUCUCCGACCCCGCAGUUACAGUGAUCUGAAGGAUCUUCUGCGAUCAUUGGAUUCCAGGUUUGAUGCUGUGAAGGAAGCUGUGAAUGCAGAACUUGCUGGAUUUGCAGGGGAUGUUAGAGAUGCACUUGAUAAGGGUUCAUUAUCAAAAGCACAGGAAACAGCUGAAGAUCUUCUCAGUCUCUCCCUGGAAUGCAUUGAGAUGACAUCUUCCUAUUUCCGGGAGAACUGUGAGAGUAUUGUCCAGAACCUUGCUGAGAGGAGGCAGCAUUGCCAGCCAGGACUGAUUAAGCAACUUUUAACACGGAUGCUUUUUAUAUUAACACGCUGUACCAGGCUGUUGCAGUUCGAGAAAGAUAGUGGAUCAAUGAAUGAGGACUCUCUUGUCAGAUUUAAGCAGUGUCUUGAAAGCGUUCCAGAUGUUGAUAUGAAAUGGUGUCGCAAGACUGUAAAAUCAGUCUAUAGUGCUGAUUCGACAGCACUGGAGAGUGUCCCCAGACAUCCAGUGAAAGAAGGCAGCAAGACUGUUAUCCAUUCCACAGAGAGCAUCUCAUGUUCUGCUGAUGGAAGUAUUGAUUCCCCCAGACUUAGGAGUGUUCUUCCUGACAGAGAUGGCAAUGCUAAGGUACACUCUGAAGAAAUUGAAAAUAAAGCUCCUAUAGCGGUGCUGUGCGAAUCUAGUUCAGACUUGCAUCGUGAACAGGAAGAAUCUUUUGAUGUGAUUGAUUCCGUUCUCUGCAGAAUAUGCGAGGAAAGUGUCCCGACUUUUCAUUUAGAAUCCCAUUCCUACAUAUGUGCUUAUGCUGACAAGUGUGAUUUGGAAGGUCUGAAUGUGGAUGAACGCCUAAUGAAUAUUGCUGAGGUUCUAGAACAAAUAGUUGAGUCCUAUAAUCAAAGUUUGCGUGUAUCAAGUAGCAGUCCUGAAAUUUCUAGAGUACAAAGUACUAAUUCUGUACAUGGGUCUGAAGGCCAUUCACCUAAAAUACAAGAUUUGCAUAACAAAGGUAUGGAAGGGAUGUUUGAAGAUCUUCAUGAGAUGGAUACGGCUUUCAUCGAUGAUGCUCAUACUGCAGCUUCGAAUAGUUUGAGGAGCAUUUUGGCUAUGAAGCUUGGGUCCAGUAAUCCGGCAUCUUCUAAUGGAAGCAUGACCCCAGUCUCCUCUGCAACUACCCCAAUGUCAGGCCACUUUGACUUGUAUUGGUUAGAGCAUAACAACCCUUCGGAACCCGAGGACAUUAACCAGAUGAAUGAGUUGGCUGAUGUAGCUCAUAGGGUUGCUUGUGCUGAUCUUUCAAAAGAUGGAGCCUCUGAGUACUUGGGAAUUUGUUGGCGUGAUUUACUUGACAUUCUGCAACAAAGCGAAAUCAAGGCUCUAGUGAUCGACACUUUUGGAAGCCGCAUAAAAAGUUUGCUGAAGGAGAAAUAUGAUCUUGCUGUUGAAUAUAUGAGUAAAACAUCUGACGAUAUGGUUCACCUAGAUGGAAUCAAAGGAAUGGCUGAUGAGAAUUCGUCACCAAGUACAAUAUCACCUCCUAGUUCCUCGCAUAAGGAGAGGACUAGUAUUGAUGAUUUUGAAAUCAUCAAACCAAUCAGCAGAGGAUCCUAUGGGAAAGUUUAUCUUGGAAGGAAACGGACAACAGGAGAUCUAUUUGCAAUAAAGGUUUUGAAGAAAUUGGGUAUGAUCCGGAAGAAUGAUAUCGAGCGCAUACUAGCUGAGCGUAACAUUUUGAUUACUGUUAGAAAUCCAUUUGUGGUUCGGUUUUUUUAUUCAUUUACCUGCAGAGACAAUCUUUAUUUGGUCAUGGAAUAUCUGAAUGGCGGUGAUCUAUAUUCCCUGCUUAGGAAAAUUGGUUGCUUGGAGGAAGCCGUUGCUCGUGUUUAUAUUGCUGAACUGGUUCUUGCUCUAGAAUAUCUUCACUCACUGGGAAUCACACAUCGUGAUCUGAAGCCAGAUAACAUACUGAUUGCUCAUGAUGGGCAUAUUAAGCUUACAGAUUUUGGGCUAUCGAAGAUUGGCCUUAUUGAUAGCGCCAUUAACCUGUCUGGAUCUGGAACGGCCGGUUCUAUCCUCGUGAAGGUCCAAAAUCAGCAUGGCUUAUCUGACCAAAGUAACCAGAGAGGAAAGCAGAGUCAAAGUUCAGCUGUUGGGACACCUGAUUAUUUGGCACCUGAGAUUCUACUUGGAACUGCACAUGGUUAUGCUGCAGACUGGUGGUCAGUCGGAAUUAUGUUAUUUGAGCUGAUAACAGGGGUCCCGCCUUUUAAUGCUAGGCUUCCUGAGAUGAUCUUUGACAACAUUUUGAACAGGAAGAUUCCUUGGCCACGUGUUCCUGAUGAUAUGUCAUAUGAGGCCAAAGACUUGAUUGACAGAUUUCUCAAUCAAGAUCAAGAUUUGCGGCUUGGAGCUAAUGGUGCAUCAGAGGUAAAAGAACAUCCAUUCUUCAAGGAAAUUGAUUGGGAAAACCUUGCCUUACAGAAGGCUGCCUUUAUCCCAUGCCCUGAUAGUGCAGAUGAUACAAGCUAUUUCAUGACACGACACUCGUCAAUUUCUUCACAAAUUGCUCUUGAUGAGAACUCUAGCGACUAUGCGUCUGAUGCAACCAAGUCUAGCUCUACUGCGACCGAGGCAAAUGCAGAUGAAUAUAGUGAACUAAAUGAUUUUGAUGCCCGCACUUCUCUUGACCUCUCCUCAAUUAAUUUCUCUUUCAAGUAUUCUGCUGCAGAACUUAUCACAGUUGGCAACCAAGAAUUAUGAUGUCCUCCUGCAAAGCGGAAAGAAUUCAAAGUGCUCAUCUCCAUCACAAGAUCCUCCACCGUAGAUACAAUGGGGAUUUUUUUUUUUUCCUUAUGCAUAAACUACAUGGGCCUAGCUGUACUUCUUCACAUGGCCAGCCCACAAUUGUACAUAAACCAUUUUUUAGUAGCAAAAACUGUAGGUUGUUCUGUAUAGUCCACAGCAGUUUAAGAGGCAGAAGUGAAGAAAAUGCAGAGAUAUUGUAAGCGGCAUGGAUUCAAAGUUGCAUGCUUUCUAGCCACAUUGUGGAUCAGAUAGGAAUGAUGCUUCUGGGUCAUGAUGCCACUACCAAUAUUUCAGGAAGAAUACAAUCCUAGACAGGAUGUUUCUUUGUCUUAAGGAAGAGGAAAGGAUCAGAAGGAAAUCUGAGAAAAGUGUAUUUGCAAAUACACUGCUAGAUUUUUUCGGCUUUGUUAAUAAUGAAAGAUGAGAGCUGCAGUUUAUUAGCUCCAUCUCUCUUUUGUUUUGCUUGUUUUUUUUUUUUUUACCUCCUUUUUGUCUAUUAUAUUUGCUGUUUGUACACUGUAUCUAAUAGGUUAAAAGAAAGGCGAUACACUGACUAUAGGUUGGAAGAAAGAAAGAAUGGCGUGAGAACUUUUGUUCA